AUGCCGACUCGCCGUGAUGUCAACGGUCCUCAACCAAAUGGAGAAGAAGGAGAGGAUAGAAGGGAACGCAUGGAAGCUACCCUUGACCGAGUUGUUGGGACACUGGGAACACUGGUACAAGUUAUUGAGACCCAACGCCAGGGUAGAGUGAACUUAGAGAAGUUCUUAAAAGUAGUUGGAAGGAAAGAAUUUAAGGGGACUGAAGAAUCUCUUGAAGCUGAAAGGUGGUCAAUGGGGAUACAAAAGGAGUUCCUAGCCUUAAGAGUGGAAGAGAAUGACAAGAUCCGCUUUGCUACGUAUCUUUUCACUGGAGCUGGUGAUUAUUGGUGGGAUUCGAUAAAACGAGUCCGAAAUGUUACAGUUUGGGCAGAUUUUGAAACUUUGUUCUUUGACAAGUAUUUUCCUGAGACUGUCAAAGCCCAGAUGCGUGCUGAAUUUGCAACCUUAACUCAGGGAGACAUGACGAUUUCUCAACUGGACAAGAAGUUCAGUGAAUUGGAAUGUUUUGGGGAUAACUUGGUCAAUACGCCGUUACGAAGAGCAAGAAAACUUCAGGAUGCACUGAAACCUGCCAUCUGUGCUAGGUUAGUACCAUGUCGCCUCACUACUUAUGAUGAUGUUCUUGAUAUUGCAUUAGUUAUAGAAGCAGAUUGGAUCAAACCACAAAAGGAAAGGGAGCCGAGAGAUCCCAGGAGGAACAAGAAGACGGACCCAUCGACUCAUCGAAAGCGUCCGCGUACAGAUAACCCUGGGAAAGUCGUUGCACCAAAACCUUGUUUUAACUGUGGAGUUGUGGGUCACUACGCGAGGGAUUGUCCUAAAUCAAAGCCACCUGGACAACUAAAUGCAAUCUCGGGGUGUUAUCGUUGUGGGAAGGAUGAUCACUUUAUAGGGGAAUGUCCUUUACCUGCACCACCUAGGCCUCCAACUCAUAAUCAGUUUCAGAAUGCUCUAAGGCCGAAUUUCCAAGCACGAAAGCCAUACCAGCCGCGAAACAAUGCACCACCCUUCGAGCCAAGGCGUCAGUCAAAUGUUCCUGGGAAGCUGAACCAUAUUGCUACUGUUGAGAAGAGGACAUAA